GUUGCAUUUUUUGAAAAACAAAUUCUUUCAAUAAGUGUCGAUAGUUUUGCGUGUAAAACGCCAUAUAUAUUCCAUUUAUAUAUACCAGCACAUGUUAUUUUUAGUUAAUUCAGAAUUUAAUGUAUUUUUAACGAAAAAGGGUUAAAAACCGACAGCCAUUGAAUGUGACGUAAUAUUCCUCAGCCUGAAUCGCUUGACAAAUUCAAAAGUACUGGCGGUUUGAAGUCGGUCCUUCAAUUUAAAUUCAUUUAAUAAUAAUAGUACAAAUGUUAAGAUAAUUAAUUCUAAAGAUAUAAAAAUAUGGUUUUAUUUAGUUUAAACCACAUCUCUUGAUUACUGGAUGUUGAUUCCUGCUCAAAGUCGUAAACCGUGUGUACAUUAGCACAGGAGAAACUCUUUCGCCGUGUUGACUGCAAUGGCUCCUCUCAAAUUUGUCAUUAAGUGUGGGAACUUUGCUGUGCUGGUGGAUCUCCACGUCCUGCCCCUGGGCGGCCAAGACGACGCCAGCUGGUUUACUACAAGCUAUAUCAAGGAAGUUACAACCCUGGUUCGUGAUGCUGUGGAUCAAAGAGUCAAGCACUACACCGAAACCGUUCUUCACAGAAAUCAGUCAAAACACAGAAAGGAGCUGGCACCUGCUUCCGCAUUUAGCAUUAAAGGAAAAAACUUCAACUUGGUUGCCAAUUUUCUGAAGCGUCACUUUAACCUCCGAUGUAUUGUGAAGCAGCUUCCCGGUGAAUUGCGUGUGUUUCCUGAGCGCUACGUGGUGUGCGUAAGCCGUCCAGAGGAUGCUGCAGUGCACUAUGGAAAACUGAACCCAACCACAACCGAGCUGAGCGAACAAAGCAGAUCCGAAUAUUUUUCCAGAGAGGGAGAAAUCCAAGAGUCUUUCAACUGCGCCACAAAAAUAAAGAAGACCGGUCUUCAAAAGAUAGCCAAGAAAGCGAGUGUCCAGCAAGAGCACUGGGAUCCCGGUGUGGGGGAGCAGCAAACUGAGCAAAGAGUCGAGGAGUCAGAAACAAACCCCAAGGAAAGUGUGUCCAACCUUCCAAACAUUGAGCAGCAAGUACUAUGCUCCGAUGCUGCGUCUCAGAAUGAGGGCUGGACCUAUCAGCAGGAACCUCCAGAAAGCAUCGACCCAAACGUGGCCUCAGAAGGCGUCUUCCCGCAUGAAAUCAGUCCGAAAACCAGGCACAGCAAGAGGUCUAAACCCAGCAACGCAGGAGAAGACCCUCGCCCACAGAAGGCCAAGAGGACCGGCCUCAAGAGACCUCCGAACACAGUGCAAACUCACUCUAUCGAGAGCUUCACACAAAUACCCGAACAGGACCGUCUUCCUCUGCCGCCCCUUCCUCCACAUGAAACAGAGGCAGAGUCCACGGCUUUCCCAGUCUCCAAGAAAACCACAGUGGAAGUGGAGCUGCUUACUCCAGGGAAACGGGACCAGAGGCUCCCCCUCAUAAGCAAUAACACAGCACAGACAAACCAAAACAGGCUGGCCACAAGUCUGAGGGGCCUAUCUGUCAAGCUUGCAUCCUCGGGCUCCUCUAUUGGUUCCAGAUCCACACACGGGGAGGAGGGAAGUCAAAAUGUGCCCAGAACCUCCAGAUUACGGCGACAGAAGAGGUCCUGAGGGGGACAAGACGAGCUACAGUAAAGAUGCCUGACGCCAUAGAGAUAGAAAUGAAAUUGUGUCAAGCAGUCAACCCCCCAAUCCCCCCACCCCCGCAUACGUACGCCCACAUGGCUUUUUUACUACAAUUACUAUUCUUUUCACACAAAGCCACACAUGCAGAUCCAGCGCAGAACACAUAAUUGAUACAUGAACGUUUUUGAGUUAUGCUUUGUCAAAUACUUGAAACAGACUUCGCCUCCACCCAUAAGUAGUGGUGGUCAAGAGAGGCUUGCAAAUGAAAGUCAAAAACCCUUAAUUGGAGUUUAGACUCGGGUUUUGUGUUAAAGAUUGGGGAUUUCAGACAGGCAGGAGCCAUGCAGUACGUCAUAGCUUUCAGUCUGAAAUCCUGGCUCCUACGUGUCUGAAAAGUGUCCGCUUUCUUCGCCGAAGCUCUGGUGUGAUUGAUGGCUGUUUCCAGAUUGACUUCAUCUAUACGGCUUGUUUUGAUUUCUCAUUCAUACUUUAUUUUCAUUCAUGCACAGCUUUGGCUUUAAAUUAUUGACUGAAUAUGGGAAGUAUAAUGAUCAUUAUUUUCACUGAAUAUAUUAGCUGCACGCACAGACCUUACAGCUAGGAGACCAGGGUUCAAUUCCU